AUGAACAGCCUCAAUUUGAACAAGAACAGUUAUAGCAAUAAUCAUCCUCCAGUACUGCGAGUUGUUCUCGAUGAACCUAGACUAUUCGUUGAACAAUCUAUUGGAUCUGCUAUGGUCCGUGGAGAGGUCAUUGUCAAUUUUCCUACCGAUACCUUAAUUCAAGGACCUAUUGAAUUAGUCUUCGAAGGUAUACAACGAUUUCAUCCUUGGGCAGAAAUCAUGAGAGGUUCAUCAUUCGGAUCGAGUAUUGAAACAAAGCUACAAGUCACUGAGCUUUCCUUGUUACCUCCUAACUCGAAAGGUGUAAUGCCUGCUGGUAUCCAAAGAUUCCCUUUCGAAUUCCCCAUACCAGCAUCCCUACCAACAAGCGUUGAUAUCCCAAAACGACUUCAUAUAUUCUACCAAGUUAGUGCCACACUUCGUAGAUCCCCAAAGACUACUAGUUCGAGCGAACAGCAAACGUCCCUCUCCCCAAUAAAUAUUAUCGGGUGGGCCAAACGAAACAAUAUGUUCAAGAGAAAGUAUACAGCCUCUACACCAAUGCGAAUUGUCCGAGCAAUGGAGUCUAUUGUAUCCUCAGGUUUACCCAAUUCAGACAUUUUAAUCAGAAGUCAACAACAGCAAAUGCUACAUCAUUACCGAAAUACAACAGCGUCCAGAUCCAGCCACGAAGAUGAGAAUGCAUCCAUUCGUACUAACAGAAGUAGUGGAACUAAUGGAAGUAGUAGUCAUGUGGUCGCUGCUAUCCAACAAGAUGAUACGUUGAUUUAUACAGAUAAUGAUCGUCAAUUGCCGUGGAACCGUCGCAAUUUGGAUGGUUAUCAGCCUGCUGCAACCACAUUUGACGAGCAGCCUGAUCUGUUAGCUUUUUCUCUAGCAGGCAGAUCAGCUAGUAACUUGACAGCUACAAAUUAUGAUGAUGUUCAAGGUAUACGGUAUAAAAUUGGCGUGGACCGUACUGCUAUUGCCAUUGGUACCAGUGUAGGCAUCGAAUUGAUGAUCGAGCCAACUAUUGCUACUGCUGUAAUACGAUCCGUUAUGUUGAAAAUCUGCGAAACGCGUACUUAUGCUAUGAAAGUGCCAGGUGCCUAUACUCGGGGAUUUAAGACACCUGAAACAAAGAGAGCAAAAGAGGUAGUCAAUAUGGCUUUAAAGUGGGCUUACGGCUACAAAAUUGAGGAAGACACUGACAAUAGCGAUGAGGAUACAAAUACUGAAGAAGCAAUAGGCGAAGCUGGCGUUUGCAAAGGAAGUAGUAGCACGAAAAAAUCAAAGAGAUUGAUUGAGACAUAUGUUAGACAACGUAAUGAGCACAGUAAAUAUCUUGCAUACUUUGAUCCACCACAACCAGGAGGUUCAACAAGUAAAUCUUUCUUGAACAGGGCUUUACUGGUCUCUUACUCUGAAAAAGAUUCGCCACCGUCCACAUCAACAUUUAUGUCAAAAAAUGAGAACAAGAAAAAGCUAUCUGAUGGCCAAACAGCUUGUGUUAUGGCAGAAAAAUAUAAUGGUCAUGAAAUGAUCAACUUAAAAUUGUUGAAACAAACCGUUCGUGUGGGUGAAUAUUUUGGUGGGCGCUUUGUGCUUCCUGUACCUGAUUGCUCCAAUAUUCUGAACCCUACUAUUGACUAUGAAUCUAUAAAUAUACACCACUGGUUACAAUUGGUCGUCACCAUUGAAUGUAAUGGAAAGCUCUUCGAUUUAACUUUGGAUUCACCUGCUCGUAUGCUAGAUUGUCGUGUAGUGGCUGCAGAUGAUGAAUGCCAGACGAUUUUACCUCCUCCUCCCAGUUAUGAUCAUUCCAUGGAACCAGCAAGUCCAUCACCAGCAGUCCAGAAUGAGUGGCCACAGGGAACAUUUUGGGAACAACGUGAAUUAAUCACUUCCGUGGACGGAUGGGGAUCGUGUGUACCGUGUCCAUGUGAACUGAGAAAAUUGAAAAAAAAUGAUGAAUUCGUCAAAGAUAGAAAGUCCAACAAAAAUGCUAUCAUCGAUACUUCUUCAGCUAAAAAAACAGCAGCAUUGUCGCCUAUGAACAGGGCUUACCACACCAACACAACAUUACUACGCCGUUCUAACAGUAUUUCAACAGCUUUACCUACCACAGCAGCACAUACAUUAACACCAUCGGCUGAUAACUGCUUGCCUUCUCAAAUGCCAGAGUGGGGUCCACCUCCAUGCUAUUCAGAAAACUAA